GUUAUUCCGAGUCCCUAUGACACAAAAAGUCAGCCGUAUUGAUCUACGCCGAGCGUCGACCUUUAGGCGGCAGACCCGACGCGACGAGGAUUUCAGGCGCCAAUAAAACCCAAUAACACGGGACAGGGCUACGGCGGCCGGUUUCAACAUCAUCUUUCAACCACACUUUCGAAUGAUGUCUGAAGAUUCCGAGACCAUCAGCUCUCCUACGAGGCCUGGGGGCCAGGAUCUCGAUGUCAGUACUUCCAAACAGGGCCUGACUUUAUUGUCAAGUAUAGAGCCUGCCCCUGUGGAUGGGGAUGCUGGAGAUACAAGGCUAGAUAUUGAUGUGGUCCACGUCCUAGGGGUUUCCAUGAGGGAAAGUCCGCUCGCUUUGUCGUUUCUGUCAGAUUCGCUUCCUCAAAGCUCUCGAAGGAGAGAAUAUCACUUCGAUUUUGAUGUAUCAGGAACUCUUAGCGACGACUUGGAGUUCACCAAGGAUUACGUCGAGUUCCAGGCCCGACAGCUUCUUGAUGGGCUAUUGGAGUAUCGACGGCCCCGAGCCAACGACGAGCCAGCUCAGAGAGUGACCAUCUUCUUCGCAUACGAUAUCGGCGCUGUAAUUUUGAAAAAGGCAAUCUCCAUUGCUUCAGACAUCAAUGAAGAGUACAGUGAGAUAUUCGCAAGUAUCGCAAAGAUAAUCUUUACCGGCUGCUUUAAUCGCGGGGGAGAACGAGAUCUGGGUCUCAAAAUACUCACCUUCUUGAAUGACGCCAUUCUUCCGGAAGAUGGGAGAAGUGAGGCCGUUUGGAAGUCGUGCAUUACUUUGUCAUCAGUUCAGAACCUGGUUUCAACAAUACGGCACACCAAUGAAGCAUUCCUUGCGUCUAAGAUUUCUUCACGCUGCACAACCUUCAGCCUGUACGCGGGGACUUCUUCCAAGCGAAUUCAUGGGACAUUGGGGUAUUACUUUGCAACACUCGGUUUAUCAAGCGAACUGGCAAUAGAGGAGGUUGAUGCAGAAGGCAUACAAGCCGCGUUCCCUAAUCUCAUGGAUAAUAUAGGAAGCGGAAUCACCAGUUGGGCGUCAUUGGGGCCGUCAGAAAUAGCUCUGGAGCAAAGUCUAUUGUCCCUUGCCGCCCCAGAGGCCCACUUAAUGAUUAAAAAGGUCUCACCAGACCAUCCUGUACUAAAAGGUGAGAACUACGACAUGUGGUGCCGGCUAGGUGGGACGCAAGUCAUAUAUCUCGAGGGAACCGACUCCCAGGCUACGACAGAAGCCGCGGAGCAAAUGAGCAUGGAUUGGAUCAGACGUCAGCAGUUGCGCAGGCGAUAUUUCGUUCGCAGCUUUGAAUUUCGAUUUUGCGCCUCUGAUCCAGCGAGGAACUCUACCAUGGCAAUGUUGACCGCAUGCUUCUUGCAUUUCUUUAGGAGGACGACGGCAGAUGCAUUUCGUGUACAGGACCUACAAGACCAGCUACGAGACCAGUUCAAGCUGCAGAAUGCCUGGACAGACGAUGACUUAUGCAACAUGGCAUUGAACUCGUACAUUUGGAUGUACGAAGAAAGCACAUUUGUUCUUAUUGGACUGGAUGAAUGCGAUGCUGCAAGCCGAAGAAGAUUUUGGACUUUGGUUGGCAGUAUAGCCAGCAGAUGCGAGAACCGGUUCAACAUCAUCGUGGCGGGCAACAAGCCCGGUUCAUACGACGCUCAAAUGUUGCGCGAGGAAUUGAAAUACUGGCCAGAAGUCAACAUUCUCAAUUUUGAAGUACCACAGGAGCCUGAGAUCGACGUAGGCCCGGAGACACAGAGGAACGAUUUUCUCGCGCGGUUGUGUUCGCCACCACCUGGGAGUCAUCCAGUGAAGGAAUGCCUUGAAAGAUUACAAUCAAUGAACCCCAAGACCAUGUCCAGUAUACUGGACGUGGUCAAGAUGUACUCUCGAUGGCCGGCCGAUUGCACAAAGGAGAAUUUCAGGGCCUUUCUCGACACGACAAGGCGCGUGGAUUCAUCCUACACCCCCGAGGAAACUGCCUGGAAGAUUCUGAGUUCAGUGCCAUGUCAAGAGGUAGUCAUGAGUGCCUUGACGUGGAUCAUCGCUGCCCAGCGGCCCCUCACGUUGGACGAGCUCGCAAGCUUUGUCGCUAUCAGCAGAAAUAUGCUCGGCGAGCAGCUCGAUCUUCCCAAGUCAGAAGAAAUAAGGCGCUGUUCGAUGGAUAUCGACAAACAAAUUCGCGGAUUUGCCGUCGUCGAGGCGGGCCAGUUCCGCAUCCAUUCUCACAUUCUUGAGCUACUCGCAGAUGCUCCGACACAAGACUGGGAGGCGCUCAGGAAGCGGGCGCCACGGCUGACUGCAGAGGUUUUAUUACAGUACCUCCGACUGGAAAUUGUACAGGAGAGGCUUCACGGUCUGUUUCGACAGUAUGAGGAGCGUGUGCAACAAUCAGGGCACGCAAUGACGCCUCCACUCAUGCCUGAUGGGAAGGAUAUGCUGUUUUAUGCCGUACAGGCACUGCCCCAUCAUCUGUCCGGAAUUGAAGUUGCGGAAGAUAUCGAAGCGCAAUUAAGAGAUCCUUCAGGGCCUUAUGAAGCCUGGUCGAAAGUAUAUUGGGCAAUGUCAAACCCUUUCGCUCGACCACACUCCGGACCGCUAAAAUCGGCGUGGAGAGCCUGGACGUCCACUCUCGAAUUCGGUCCGCCGAGUGUGGUGAGAUUGCGCGAUGUCAAUGGGCAAGACAACAAUGGAAGGCCACCGAUGGACUGCCUCGCCGAGGCUGUGCGGGCCAACAACCAAGACUUGGCAAUCAGCUUCGCGGAGGAGGUCAUCUCCGACUUCCAGAAUCAGGCGUCCUUGACCAAAGAUGAACGCCUGAUCUUCCCACCUUCGAUUCUGUGGAGAGCUGCGUGGCUCGAUAUGGAUCGUUUGCUAGACUUGGUCUUGAGUCACAGCGAGCAGCAGGACGACUCCUCGUCGGCUUCCUGUCCAUCGAUGCUUUUCCUAGCAAGUCGCAUCGGUUGUUCAAACAGCGUGGAUGUACUCCUCAAACAUAAAGGAGACACCAGACUCGCCAAGAAGGACCGGCCUACAGCUCUCCACGCCGCGUGCGGGCGUGGUCAUUUGACUAUCGUCCAGACGCUAUUAAAGAAAGAUCUAAGCAUGAUCAAUACGCCACAUCCAAGCACUCUUCUUUACGUGGCAUCAUUUUGGGGUUGUUGGGAGAUCGUUGAGACGCUCCUGGAGAGCGGAGCCGACCCAAAUCAGGCAAAAUGCGCACCCAGGCCAAAGGCGGCCGAUGACCCGGUUGAACACGACUGGACCCCCAUCACGGCGGCCUGUCAUAACGGCUUGGUAAAAACUGUUCGCAUGCUCCUCAAACACGGAGCAGAUCCGGAAACACCCGGACCGUGGGGUGCGGACACCUGCCUCUACCUCGCGGCAGUGAACAGCACGAGUCUCGAGACAACGAAAGUGCUACUCGAGCACGGAGCCGAUCCAAAUCAUAAAAACUUGGAAGAUCCUUUACUGACUGUUAUCAUAUACAGCAAGCGAAUACCAGAGAAUACCAAGCUUGAAAUGUUUGAGCUCCUUUUGAAUAAUGACCCACCCGUGAACCUGGAGCGAGGCAACGAAGAAGGGGUAACGCCUUUGAUGGACGCUGCCGCGACGGGGAGACUAUCCGCGACGCAAUGCCUACUUGACCAUGGUGCGUCCGUCGAUGCGCGGGACUCGAACAACUAUACGGCCCUAUUCUGGGCUAUAUUUGGGGGCCACUGGGAAGUGGCUCGCCAACUGCUUCGCCAUCACGACCAGCCAGUUCUCGAUCUUGUCUCCAGCAGGGGCUACACGCUACUACAAACGGCAAUAGAAAAUGUCGACGAGCUCAGGAAUCUCCUAGAAGCCGGAGCCGAUCCGAGCCUUGUUAACAGAUGGCAGCAAAAUCUCUUAGAUCGCGCUGUGGUGCUGGAGAAGACUCAAGUCGUCAAGAUGCUGCUCGAGACAGGGAGGGGUGUCGAUUUGCACCACCGUGAUUGUGACGGAUACACCCCAAUUAUGGUCGCAACCGGCUACACUCCUAACGAGGAGAUAACGAGAAUGCUUAUGGAGGCCGGCUCAAGCCUCUCAGAAACAACCCCUAACGGGAGUUCUCCAUUACACCUCGCAGCGUGGAAAUGCAGACCAGACGUCUUGCAGGUCCUUCUUGAUUUCCACGACACGGAUGACCUUUCAAGAAAAAGCGACACAGGUCAAACACCAUUGGUAGCCAUGGCUGAUUUUGAGAGUGAGGCGUCUCUUGAGUGCAUACGCCUGCUUGUCCGUGCCGGUGUCGAUAUCAACAGUCAGGACAACUACGGGAACACGCUGCUCACCCAGGCUUCCAGUGCCGGACCGGGCGCCAGAGCGGUCCACGAUUGGCUCCUAGCCCGUCCGACAAUUGACAUUCACCUCGUGACAGUCAGAGAGGGCACAGCCCUGCACGUCGCCUGCAUGUACGGGGAUGAAGGUCUCGUCAGCAUGCUGCUGCAGAAAGGCGCCCGGGUGAACUCAACCCACCUCUGCGACAAGCCCACGCCCCUGAUCGCGGCGUGCAUGCCCGAGCGGCGCUUCGACACCGAGGACCCAGCGGCCCGGACCGAGAGCGCCGAGAGGAUCGUGCGGACGCUCAUCACGCACGGCGCCGACGCGUCCCUCGUGAGCGGCAUCUCCAUCUUCAACGCCCUGUGCGCGGCGGCGUUCUGCGCCGGCGUGGGGACCAUCAACUUCAUCCUCGACAAGGCGGCGUCCGCGCGCACGCCCGACCCCCUGGGCCGCCUGCCGAUACACUUUGCCGCGGCAAACGGCGUCCGGAACUUCGAGGCGGUGGCGCUGGCCCACGGCGGGGACAUCAUGGCGCCGGACCGGUUCGGCAAGAAUGCGCUGCACUGGGCCGCGCAGUUUGGGAAGGCGGGCGCCGUCAGGGCGAUCCUGCACAGGCUCCCGCCGAGGGACAGGAAGAGGUGUGCCAACUCGGAGGAUGCUGACGGGUGGACGCCGCUUGCUUGGGCGUCGAGGCCGAUCGAGCCUGACUACGCGGAGUUCUGGACGAGAUCCGAGGCGCCGGAUUACGAGGCGACGAUCCAACACUUGUUAGAGCAUGGGGCAGACAUCCACGUGCGCUUCCGCACAGGCCGUGGUGACGAAGCGGAGGAGUUCACGCCUUUGUUGAUGGCCCGACGGUAUGAAGCUGACGCGGCGAUUAUUGAACUCCUCACACCGCGGGGACAAGACGGUGAGGCUUCAGCCGAUUCAGGAGACGAGCGAGUGUAUAGGAGGCUCGACGGGUUCUGCGACUUCUGUUUUGCGCAAUCUCGAGGUGUUGCGUAUAGAUGCGAGACAUGCACCGAUCGCUAUUGGAUCUGCAAGAAAUGUUUGCCUGUGGCAACGGUAGAGCACCCGCGCACUGCCACUUUUGAGGGGCCCCAUACCUUCGAUUCAGGAAGUGGGCAGGAAUUUGUGUUCCAGUCUAAGGCGUCUUCGUCUGGGGAAUCUGGAACAAGUGGGGAUGAUGCUUCCCGGACAAGUGGUGAUAUUAGGAGCGGGGCCGAUGUGUCGACGGCAGAGUUUGAACCGAUGGACUUCCCUGAGGGUGACAUCGAGCAGCUGGAAUUUCCUGAUUUACAAAAGCUGGGUGGCCUAGAAGAUCUGUAGAGUUGGCAAGAAUGUUCACCGGGUAGCUUAUAUAAACACUAGAAAAUUUAC